CUCGCGUUUCAGACAAAGACGGAAGUUGGAGCCCGGCGACAAUGCGAGACGCUAGGAGAGGGGACCUUGAGGAAAACAAAUGGAAGACGGUCGUCGUUACCCACGUCUGGGGGAGCGGCGAAGCCCAGGGAAACGAAAACAAACCCGGGCCGAGCCUUUUGAUAUGCAGAUGGCGCUGCACCGCCGGCCCCGCGCUGCCUAAUGGGCACAUCAGCGGCAGACCUUGAAGCACUUUGUUUGUGCCAAAUCAUUACCACUUGCCACAUGAGUAUAAAUCAUGACGGAUGCCAAGUACGUCCUCUGCAGAUGGGAAGAGCGAUCAUGGCCUGCAAAGGUUUUGGAUGGACCUAAGACUUCAACAAACGAUAAGGGAGAAAAGGAGACCUUUCUAGAUGUGCAGAUACUCUCGCUAGAUGAAAAAAUUAAGGUGAAAAGCACAGAAGUGGAGACCCUGAAGAAGUCUCAGAUUGAGAAAAUUGCCUCGUGCCUGGCCUCGCAGCAUGAGGUCCCCGCCGCACCCCUGGAGGAGCUGACCUACCGACGCUCGCUGCGGGUGGCCCUGGAUGUCCUGAACGAGGACAGCAGCUGGAGCCGGCAAAGCCCCGCGAGGAGAAGCGGGUCCAACGAAUGUCGCCGGGAGAAGCAGCCCACCGAGGCCGCCUCCUCCCUCCGAAACUCUCCCUCUUUCUUCCGGGAAGAUGCCUCCGCCGGUUCCCGUCCGUCCACUGCGGAAAAAGACCCUGAGUUCAAAGUGGACCCCAAGAAAGGGCUGGGGAAAAGCGAGGCCCCAGGGACCCUGUCCGCGGCUCCAGCUGGAGCCAGCCCUCGGGAUGGCAGCGAGUGGGGCCACCGCACGGGUCACACUCUUGCCAAGAGGAGAGGGAGGAAUUUGGCCCAGAGAUCGGGUCGGUGCCAGGAGGAGGCAUCUGCCCUUUGUGGGCCACCGAGUGAGGAGCCAGGCACAGGCCAGACCUCGCCGCCCCGAGCCCGGGAGGAUGAUCCAUGCGCCCGAGCUGAAGGACACGACCCCGGUUUGCCAUCCGGCAGCCUCACGGUGGUCCCAGCUCCAGAGAGGGCUGCAGAGCCCCCUGCAAAGAGGCCGCGCCUGAGGCCACCUGUCACCCCACUGGAGCGGGAGCUGUCCCUUGGGCUGCGGCCCAGGGCGAACAUGACCCUGCGAAGCACUGCCACUGGCCCUUGUUCCCCAGACACCGCGGUAGAGGACACGCAGCCCCCUUGCCUCCAGGAUGGUGGCAGCAGCGACAGGCUGGAGGAAGACCUUCAAGCUUCCCAGGAGCACCCAGAGUUUAAUUCCAGCAACCCCACCGUGGAGGAAGAGGAGGAGGAGGAGCCUCCGAGAAUCCUCUUGUAUCACGAACCACGUUCAUUUGAAGUAGGAAUGCUGGUGUGGCUUAAAUACCAAAAAUACCCGUUCUGGCCAGCAGUGGUCAAAAGUGUGAAGCGGCGGGAGAAGAAAGCAAGUGUGCUCUUCAUUGAGCGGGAUAUGAACCCCAAAGGACGCGGCAUCACUGUGUCGCUCCGGAGACUGAAGCACUUUGACUGUAAGGAGAAGCAAGCGCUCCUGGACAAAGCCAGAGAGGACUUCGACCAGGCCAUCGGUUGCUGUGUGUCUCUCAUCACCGACUACCGGGUGCGGUUAGGCUGCGGCUCCUUCGCUGGCUCCUUCCUGGAAUACUUCGCUGCCGACAUCAGUUACCCUGUCCGGAAGUCCAUCCAGCAGGACGCCAAGGGUACCAGGUUCCCCCAGCUGAGCAGAGGGGACCCCGAGGAACCGGAGGGCAACAGCCCCCUGGGGUGGCAGCGGCCCUGCAAGAAGGUACUGCCUGACCGCUCGCGGGCUGCCCGGGACCGCGCCAACCAGAAGCUGGUGGAGUACAUCGUGAAGACCCGGGGUGCUGAGAGCCACCUGCACGCCAUCCUGAAGAACGGCAAGCCGUCGAGGUGGCUGAAGAUGUUCCUGAGCUCGGGCCAGUAUGUGACGUGCAUGGAGACCUACCUGGAGGACGAGGAGCAGCUGGAGCGCGUGGUGAAGUACCUGCAGGGCGUCUACCAGGACAUGGAUGGCGACAAGCUGGCCCGCGCCAGGGGCGACCGCAUCCGCUUCAUCCUCGACGUGCUGCUGCCCGAGGCCAUCAUCUGUGCCAUCUCUGCCGUGGACGCUGUGGACUACAAGACAGCCGAGGAGAAGUACAUAAAGGGCCCAUCGCUUGGCUACCGGGAAAAGCAAAUAUUUGAUAACCAGGUCCUGGAGGAAAGAAGCCGGCGUCACCGGUGAUGCCCACCCCACCCCACCGCCACCGCCACCGCCGCUUGCCCUGGGAUGCGGGGACCCCAGCCCGUCACCUUCACAGUCCAAGGAGGCCACAUGGUGGCUGGCAAAGGCUGCCCUGUGCACUCGUGUCCUGCCGGAUGCGUGUUUCCCGCCAGGUGUCUCGAGCUGGACGCUGUGAUUGUACACUGUCCAUCGUGGCUGUAUAGUUUGAUAAAAGUCGCACAUGUGUUUUAUGUCACUUAUCACAUCCAGUAUUAAAUGGGACUUUUUAGAAA